AUAAAAAAAACAAUCAAUUCAAUCAAACAAUUUACGAAGAGAGAAACGAGCGCCAUCUAUUGGUCGAAUAGAAGAAAAAAUUUAUUUAUCUUUUUUUCCUCAUUAGGAAACUCAAGUUACCAAUUGAUUAUUUAACUAAAAUGAUCAAUUGAUUAUCUUUUGUAAAUAUAAUCUAUUGUUUAUUGAUUUUAAUUGUGAAACCCUAUUUGGUUUGGUGUUUCUCUUUUCAAGUGAUUCAAAUGAAAGGAAAUAAUUGAUUCUAGAAAAAAUUGUUGAUACAAUUUCGGUGACAAAUUGUAAACAAUGAGGAGAUUGUUACUCAAUCGUAUUGUGAAUCAUAUUUUAUUAAAUUAUUUUAAUAUUUUAAAAGAAAAUCCUACAAAUUUGUAUCGUUUCCAAUCGAUUGGAAGGUUAAUCAAUUUAAUUGGAUCAAAUUGUAAUGGAUUAAUUUCUCGUCCGAACAUGUUAACACCUUUACUUGCGUUCUCGUUGACAGUUUAUGCUAAAUUUGAUGAAAAGGACGAAGAGAAAAAGCUUUUCGAGAGAGCGGAUAAAUUGUUCAAUGAGAAUAAAUUUGACUCUAUGGUGGAACUGUUGAAAUCUAAUCCUUCUUGGGAAGAUAAUAACGAGGUUACCUGGAGAUUAGCUCGAUGUUAUUAUCACCAACUUAAAUACCGAAGUGACAAAGGAUCACCAGAGUACAUGGAGGUUUUAAAAGGUUCACUCGCUCUCAUUGAGAAAUCUCUUGAAAUCAACAGUAAUUGUGGACCAGCUCACAAGUGGGCUUCAAUUAUCUUGGAUGAAUAUUCAACGGUUCAAGGUACCAAAGUGCGAAUUGGUAAUUUACUCAAGAUUAAAGGUCACAUGGAAAAGGCAAUUGAAUAUUCACCUAAAGAUCCAACAGUUUAUUACCUUUUAGGUGAAUGGCACUAUGGGUGUUCCUCUGUUACUUGGGUUGAAAGAAAUCUAGCAAAAAUAAUUUACGGUUCAUUGCCUGAGGCGAGUUAUGAAACGGCCCUUGAAUUGUUUGAACAAGCGGAGAAGAUUGAACCAGGUUUCUAUUCAAAGAAUCAAAUUAUGAUCGCUAAAACUUUGUUGGCCUUGAAUCGGGAAAAGGACAAGGCCACUGACCAUCUCAAAGCGAUUGUAACCAAGUACAAGGGAUCAAAAAAAUGGGCCGAUGCUGAGGCUUACAAAGAAGCUACAACUUUAUUGUCUAAAAUUGGUGAACAAGUUCCUUCUUAAUUAAUCUUGAUUGUAGAUUUUGAAUCCAUGACGACAAUCAACAAUCUCCAAAAUAUUAAUGUUACGAUAUCUUUUUAUCAAAUUCUAUUUUCUAUCACAAUUCUAAUAACCUUUUACAUUCCUCUUAAAUCUUAUCAAUUAAUCGUAAUAAUUUUACCUGUAACAUGUAUUUUGUCAGUUUGUUGAUCUUAAAGUUAACUAAUUAUCAACAA